GCCGCACCGCCGCUUGUGUCGUGUGAGUCCGGCCGACGUGCAACUGAUUUCUGGAGAUUUCGCAGCGGCUCCGCGAUGAGUUAACGUGAGCAGGAGAUCGAAGAAAACACUUGAUGAAUUAAGUUUUCACUAAGAUGAGAGAAAUCUGCCUGACAGCAGCAGAGAGGAGUGAACCUGCCCUGGAGGAAAGCUAACCCACGAAUGGCCUGCCAGUCUGUCGCUGCAGUCAUGGACGAGCAGGCCCUUCUGGGGCUCAACCCGAACGCCGACGCCCGCUACAGGCAGAGGGCCAUGGCAUACUUUGAGCAGCUGAAGGAGUCUCAGGACGCCUGGGAGGUGUGUGCAGAGGCUCUCGCUAAAGGGGUUUACAAUGACGACCAUGUGAAGUUCUUCUGCUUCCAGGUUUUGGAACAUCAGAUAAAGUUCAGACAUGCUGGUCUGAGUGCGGUCCAGCAGCAGCUCAUCAGAGAGACUCUGAUGAAGUGGCUCCAGUUUCAGCUGAUGAAUGCUCAGCCUGAGAAGCCCUUCAUCAGGAACAAGGCGGCCCAGGUGUUCGCCCUCACCUUCGUCAUGGAGUAUCUGACUCUGUGGCCCAAGUUCUUCUUCGACAUCCUGUCUCUGGUGGGUCUGAACCCUCACGGCAUCGACAUCUACCUGAGGACACUGAUGGCGAUCGAUGCUGAGGUGGUCGACAGAGACAUCCUCCACACACCUGAGGAGACUCGCAGAAACACUUUAAUCAAAGACACCAUGCGGGAGCAGUGCAUCCCCAGCCUGGUGGAGUCCUGGUUCCAGAUCCUGCAGACGUACCAGCAGUCCCACCCAGAGCUCACCUGUCAUUGUCUGGAGGUGGUGGGAGCCUACGUGUCCUGGAUCGACCUCAACCUCAUUGCCAACGACCGGUUUGUGAACCUGUUGCUGAGUCAGAUGUCCGUGGAGGAGCUCAGAGAGGAAGCCUGUGACUGCCUGUUUGAAAUUGUCAACAAAGGAAUGGACCCCGUGGAUAAAACCAAGCUGGUGGAGUCUCUGUGCCAAGUGCUGCAGUCGGCUGGGUUCUUCAACGUGGAGCAGGAGGAGGACGUGGACUUCCUGGCUAAGUUCUCUCGGCUGGUGAACGGGAUGGGUCAGAGUCUGGUUCUGAGCUGGACCAAGCUGGCCAAAUCCGGCAACGUGAAGGACACGGCCGAGACGCUGCAGGCCGUGGAGGCCAAAGUGCCGCUGCUGCUGCAGCUGCUGGUGCACGAGGACGACGACAUCUCGGCCAACAUCGUCGGCUUCUGCUACGAAUACCUGCACGUCCUCAAACAGCUUCCCCAACUGACAGAUCAGCAGAAAGCAAACAUAGAGGCAAUCAUGUUGGCUGUCAUGAAGAAACUGACGUACGAUGACGAGUACAACUUUGAAAAUGAGGGGGAGGAUGAGGCGAUGUUUGUGGAGUACAGGAAGCAGCUGAAGAUGCUGUUGGAUCGUUUGGCUCAGGUUUCUCCUGAGCUGCUGCUGGAGGCCGUCCGCAGAGUGUUCACCAGUACAAUGCAGAGCUGGCAGACGGCUCCGUUCAUGGAGGUGGAGGUGGCCAUCAGGCUGUUGUACAUGCUGGGCGAGGCCCUGCCGGCGUCUCACGGCGCUCAUUUCUCCGGAGACACGGCGAAGACCAGUGCUCUGCAGGACAUGAUGAGGACGCUUGUGUCGUGUGGCGUCAGCAGCUACCAGCACGCCUCAGUGUCUCUGGAGUUCUUUGAAACAGUCGUUCGAUACGAUAAAUUCUUCAUCGUGGAGCCUCAGCACAUUCCAAAUGUUUUGAUGGCGUUUCUGGACCAAAGGGGACUGAGACACAACAGCCCGAAGGUCCGCAGCAGAGUGGCCUACCUCUUCUCCAGAUUCGUCAAAACUCUGCAUAAACACAUGACUGCCUUCAUCGAGGACAUCCUGACCAGGAUCCAGGACCUGCUGGAGCUCUCUCCACCUGAAAACGGCUUCCUGGCGCUGCUGACCAGUGACGACCAGCUGUUCAUUUUCGAGACGGCGGGCGUCCUGAUUGUGAACGGAGAGAGUCCCGUGGAGAGGAAGCAGGCGCUGAUGAGGAGUCUGCUGUCGCCGCUGAUGGACGCCUUCCGCCUGCUGCUCGCCAAACUGCCGCAGGAGACAGAGGAGGAGAGACAGACCGCCCUCGCCGACUGUCUGAGCCACGCCGUCGGAUUCGCCAGUCGGACCAGUAAGGCAUUCAGCAACAAGCAGACGGUGAAGCAGUGCGGCUGCACAGAGGUCUACAGGGACUGUCUGCAGACCUUCCUGCCUGCGCUGAGCUGUCCCGUCCAGCGGGGGGUGCUGCGCAGCUCGGUCCGCUCCUUCCUGCACCGAAUGAUCAUCUGCCUGGAGGAGGAGGUGCUGCCCUUCAUCCCCGCCGCCUCUGAACACAUGCUGAAGGACUGCGAGGCCAAAGACCUGCAGGAGUUCAUCCCGCUCAUCAGCCAGAUCACCGCCAAGUUCAAGAGGCAGGUGUCCCCCUUCCUGCAGCAGGUCUUCAUGCCGCUGGUCCUCGCCAUCUUCGAGGUGUUGGCCCGGCCCGCGGAGGACAACGACCAGGCGGCAGCUCUGGAGAAACAGAUGCUGAGGAGAAGCUACUUCAGCUUCAUCCAGACCAUCACUGGGAGCGGGAUGAACGAGGUGAUGGCCAAUCAGGGAGCAGAAAACAUCGAGCGAGUGGUGUUCACCAUCAUCCAGGGAGCCGUGGAUUUCCCAGACCCCAUCGCUCAGAAAACCUGCUUCAUCAUCCUCUCCAAACUGGUGGAGCUGUGGGGAGGUAAAGACGGCAUGGUGGGCUUUCCUGACUUCAUCUACAAACACAUCGUCCCUGCAUGUUUCCUGGCCCCUCUCAAACCGACCUUUGACCUCUCCGAUGCUCAGACGGUCCUGACGCUGUCAGAGUGUGCUGUCACACUGAAAAUGAUUCAUCUCAAACGGGGCCCAGAGUUUAUCCAGUUCUUGCAGCAGGAGUAUCUGCCCUCACUUCAGGUGUCACCUGAAAUCUCACAGGAGCUGUGUCAGGUGCUUCAGCAGCCAGACGUCAAAGUCCUGAAAAACUACAUCAAGGCGUUCUUUCAGCGCGCGAAGCUGUAGGAAAUCAGACGGAAGUUCACUGGGACUGAAAGGACUCUUCACAGGAAGUGGUCGAACUCGCCACUUAACAACAAAAACAUGGAACUCAGCUGCUUUUGCACUUAAAAAGUGAAUGCAUAACAAAGUCCAGUCUGUCUAAGUCGGGAAAAUGGACAGAAGGUGUGUGGACGGAUAGACCCCUCCCGCUGCCAAGAAGACGAGCUGUCCCCGUGGACUCGAGACGUGAAGGAGCUCGAACUCUGAUCCGAACUGCGGAGAACUUUGUGGAAAGGGCUUUCAGACGUAAACACGGAUCUGUGGGAGAGGACGCCCCCGAUCUGGAAAUCAUUUGGUAACUAUCCUGAAAUCGAUCCUCGUAGGGUUUGUGUAACGAUAGCUUUAUUCUAGUCGGACCUUUACAGUAGAAACCGCACUUCAAAAGAUGCUAGAUUUGAGUUUUUUGGAUGAUGUUGCCACAGAAUGGAUGAGAAAUAAGGGCUGAACUGCAUCUUUUUUUUUUUUUUUUUUUUUGAGGACCGGUCUCUUUGCGUUGAGUUUGAAGUAAAACAUGAAGUUUUCAGCCCAGCUCCAUGUGCACCCGCCUUCCACUGACUUUAUUUUCCUCAUUUCUCGAUUUAAAAU